AUCCACCUUUGUCGAAAUAUUGAGUUUGAAGAGGAGAUUACCGAGUGAGUGGGGACGUGUCAGACGUGUAUAAGAUGGUCUGGAAACCCCUACUUCUCCUUCCCUCUCUCUCUGUCUUUCUGAUUUAGCGAGCGACUUUGAGUUUGAAGUGCAAAAUCAAGGGAUUGCGGUUGUAAAAGAGAGGGAUCUGCUUCAAAGUGUAAACUUCAAACCCCGCUUCCUCUCUUUAUCGUCUCUAACCCCAAUUUCUUUCUCUCUUCUCUUCAUCUGCUCCAGGCUCCAGUCCAGGUAGGAUCCUUGUGUUGUCUUCCGUUCAAGCGUCAUGGCUUCAAAGCGGAUUUUGAAGGAACUCAAGGAUUUGCAGAAGGAUCCACCCACUUCUUGCAGUGCAGGUCCUGUAGCCGAAGACAUGUUUCAUUGGCAAGCAACAAUUAUGGGCCCCUCCGAUAGCCCUUAUGCAGGAGGUGUAUUUUUAGUUACUAUUCAUUUUCCUCCAGAUUAUCCUUUCAAACCUCCUAAGGUUGCAUUUAGGACCAAGGUCUUCCAUCCAAACAUCAACAGCAAUGGGAGCAUUUGUCUUGAUAUCCUAAAAGAACAGUGGAGCCCUGCACUAACCAUUUCCAAGGUUCUGCUCUCAAUCUGCUCAUUGCUGACUGAUCCAAACCCUGAUGACCCACUUGUUCCGGAGAUUGCUCACAUGUACAAGACUGAUCGGGCUAAGUAUGAAGCUACUGCACGCAGCUGGACCCAGAAGUAUGCCAUGGGAUGAUGGUGGUUAGCGUGUAAUACCAAUGGCUUUUGUAUGUUGUCAAAUGUGUUAACCUUUUUAUGUUUUCUGUUGGGAAGAGAGGAGGUGUUUUCCUAAGGGAACUUGUCGUGGUGCUUAUGCUUUGGAUGUCGGAGAAUAGAACUAAGUGGACAUUUUAUAUCGUGCA